AUGGGAACAAAGCCAGAAAGGUUUGACAUCUACAGGAAGGUGCCAAAAGACCUUACACAGCCAACCUACACAGGGGCUAUUAUCUCUGUCUGCUGCUGUCUCUUCAUACUGUUUCUCUUCCUGUCUGAGCUCACCGGAUUCAUAGCCACUGAAAUAGUUAAUGAGCUCUACGUGGAUGACCCAGACAAAGACAGUGGAGGGAAAAUAGAAGUGAAUCUGAACAUCAGUUUACCAAACCUGCAUUGUGAAUUAGUUGGACUAGACAUCCAGGAUGAAAUGGGAAGGCAUGAAGUGGGUCAUAUCGACAACUCGAUGAAAAUACCUCUCAACAAUGGGGAUGGCUGCAGGUUUGAGGGCCAUUUCAGCAUCAACAAGGUCCCUGGUAACUUUCACGUGUCAACACACAGUGCCACUGCGCAGCCUCAGAAUCCUGACAUGACUCACAUCAUCCACAAGCUCUCCUUUGGGGACAAGUUGCAGGUCCAGAACAUCCACGGAGCAUUCAAUGCCUUGGAGGGAGCAGACAAACUCAGCUCAAAUCCCCUUGCAUCUCACGAUUACAUAUUGAAGAUAGUCCCUACAGUGUACGAAGACAUGAGCGGCAAGCAGCGAUACUCAUACCAGUAUACUGUAGCAAACAAGGAGUAUGUUGCCUACAGUCACACUGGCCGCAUUAUCCCAGCUAUCUGGUUCCGUUAUGAUUUGAGCCCCAUCACAGUGAAAUACACAGAGAAGCGACAGCCUUUGUACAGGUUUAUCACAUCGAUAUGUGCCAUCAUUGGAGGAACAUUUACUGUAGCUGGGAUCCUGGACUCCUGCAUUUUCACAGCUUCAGAAGCCUGGAAGAAGAUCCAGUUGGGGAAAAUGCAGUAGCAGCAAAACUCUACCCUAGUCUCCAAGGACAGGAGCAAAGAUCGAGAAAUCUACCACUACCUGUUUUUUUUUUUUUUUUUCCUUUUCUAUUUGAUUGAAUCAGUAAGUUUUUCUCUAAUCAGGCUGUUCAGUGAAGACCUCUUCAACAAAUCAGAGAAAUCUCCAUGCAUUUCAGAGCUCUGAGACUCGAAAAUCAAUGGAAUCCGGGCUUGGAUUUCAAUUCUCUCCCCCCAAGAAAGAGAGGUUGAAAUGGUUUAUAUGAAAUACACUGUCAGAUAUAAAUAAGGUUAACAGUCCAUUUUCUGGGAGGUUCCUGUGGCAGUGUUGUACAAACUAGCUAGAAGAUUGCAAAGAGUUAAGUUGUCUUGUGGCACUUUUUGGAGUUCUGUUGGAAUUGCAUGAUUAGACAAUCGACUUUUGUAUAAGGCAAAAUUAUACAUUAGGAAGAAAUUCCAUCCAUGGUGCCAAAAAAGUGAUGAAUCUGUUGAUGAGGAAUGGAAAGUGUUAGUCCCCAUAGCAGACUUGAGAGACAGAGGGCAGAAAUAACAUCGAGAAAUGUGUUGUGCUUUUAUUGAAAGCUCUUUUGUUCACAUAUGACCUUUCUAAUGAAAUGAGCAAAUGAGAAGAGGAAGCCUCCCGCCAGCUACCUUUUCCUGGAUAACAUGUAAUCCAGGCAGAGGAGAGCCCUUCUUUUACUCUGGAUGUAAAAGUGGCUUCAUUUCUUUCCAGAAACUGAAUAUCCAGUCUUGUGUUUACAGGUGGCAUGAAGUAAAAACCAAACUGAGCAACACAGUUUUAUGUGGCCUUUGCUUUGAAGGGGAAUAGUAGUCUUUACAGUGUUAGCUUUUAUUCUUUCUUCUCCUUUUUUUUAAACACGAACCACCCAGCAGUCUGGAAUUCUGUUUUAUUAUUCUUAUUGUUGUUGUUGUUGUUGUUAUUGCUAUUAUUUUGAAAAGGGGUUGUCCAUUCUGUGUGUUCAGAAAAAUGCUGCAGUCUUCUGGGUGGAUGAGCACAGCUCACUGUCUUGCUUUGUGUGUGAAUAUUGAAUACACCUGUAAAACACAGGAAGUCUGUCUUUUUGGGGGCAAGGUGCCUACCUUUUCCUUUAAAAUUCAGUCAGGCCUCUUUUCUGAGCCCUAGACUGACGCUGUUCACCCACAGGUACACCUGUAGCAGGGCAGGCAUGCCCACAAACUGGCCCUGCUAGUAGCUGUUUUUGGUGGUUUGGGGUUUUUUUUGUUUUUGUUUUGUUUUUACUUAAAAUGGUACCUGAACCUCCAUGCUCAUUCAUUCAAGCCUUGUUUUCUGAGGUUUCCAGUAAAUGGAGGCAGAGGGGAAAACUACUGCCAGGUGUGGCUUGUUCCUGAUGGUAGACACGAGUUCACUAAAACUCAGACCGAGGCCCACCAGCACAUUUUCCAUAGCCUCCUAAAUGUUCCUUGAGUAGUAACAGUUUCUGCAUGCUUUGUAAAUGUCUGAGCUGAGGAUACACAAAUUUAAGUGUUCCAGGAUGGUUGAAAAUCAUAAAAUGAAAAUCCUUAACUUUCAAUGCUAUAAAUUCUAAGACAGGUGCAGGAUUUCUCUUGGAUAAUAGCUACUGUCCCUAGCCCUUUCCUGGAGGCAAGAGCAUCCAAAAAUUAUGUUGUAAUGAAACAAAUCUUGGAAUAUUCAGUGUUAAUGCUAGAGUCAAAUGCUUUUCAAAAGCAUUCCGAAUACAUGUCUGUUGAAAUUGUCUCAUUGCUUUUGUAGUAGGGAAGGUAACUGGUUUUACACAGACACACUUGGGGGGGGGGGGGGAGACACAACACCCCCCCCCACACACACACACACUCAUUUUCUGCCCAUAGUGACGUCUGACAAAUUACAGCAUUGAAAUUUUUCCCUGUUCUUAUUAUGGACCGAUUGCUAUUACUCUAGGUGUAAACUGGAUUGUGUAACUUCCUGUAUCUGUUAAUGUAUGGAUAGAUUUUAUACAUUUUUCCAUUUACAAAAAUCAACUUGAAAAUGAUGCGCUUGUCUUCAUUUUGGUGCGUGCGUCCGUGUGUCCACAAGCAUUACCCACUAGAUGGCGGCUUCUUGCCGACGGGAGCCUGGGGUGUUUUUCCAUUGCGAUUAGUUCACUUGCUUGCUGAAGGAUUUCCUCUAAUCCCCUUUUACCAACUGAAGCUUAAAGCAAAAAUGUCCUAGUUUUUCCUUCUGGAUUUUGUUGAGUCUUUGCUCAGAACUCGUGAACUCUGAUUGUGGAUUAAAAGGAUAUGAUUUUAA